AUGAAUAAAAUAAUGAAUGGUAAUAAUCAACAACCGGUGAUACGUCCACAUGUUCAAGGUUUUCUCGAGAGGAAACGAUUAGAAUCGCCGCGGCUAGUCUACGUUCCCAAUGUUCCAUCAGCUGAUACGAUGAAUUAUACUGAACGAAUGGGUGAUAUCGUCACCGUACCACAAUAUAUACCCAAUCCCGUACCGCAAUACGUGAUUGCUGGACAACCAAUGCAAGGGUAUUUUGUAUCUAGUAAUAAUAUAACAGGACCUAUUAUUGAUUACAAUAGACGCGAGAGUGAACCACGAUGCAUGUAUGCGUACGUUAAGGAGGAAGGUAAGAAUGAAGAUGAAGUGACUAGUGUUUAUAGAUGCAAUGUUUGUAAUAAGAUAUUUCAGAGGGAGGCAUGGUUACGUAGACAUCAUCUUUCGCAUACGAAUGAUAGGAAUUUCCUGUGUCCGUGGUGUAAGAGUAAACAUAAGAGACGAGACAAUUUAUUCAAACAUAUUAAAUUGAAACAUAUGGAGUUGUUAAUGAAAGCCAUUAGAGAAUACUAUCCAUUGACUGAUUUUGAGGACAAAGAUUUGAAUGAAUUGAUGCGUAGUGGGUAUUUACAUAGGGAAGAUAUCAAGAGAGUAUUCCUACACUUGAUAGGGUUGGAGAGAUGA